AGGAAACACUUGUAUGGAUGAAAUGAUUGGCUUAAAUAUGACCAUACAUUUCUUUUAAAUGCUAUAGGACAAGAUCAAAGCAUAGAAUACUGUAUAAAGCUAACGUAUCAUUAUACCUCGAAUAAUGUAUGCUAAUGAUCAAGUAUAUUAAAAACUCUGUACCUGUUUCUUUAGAAACAACUGCUCACUGGAAAUGGAAUAGUUUCAAAUAUGGAUAAAGUUCAAGUUGUCUGAAAGUUAUCAUACAUUUUGAUAUUAUUAAUCAUUGAUUUAAAUACAAUGAAUAUUAAAAAUUAUACUUUUAUAAUUCAAUUUGUUCUCAAAAUUGUCGGAUUUUAUCCAAUAAAUAUGCUGAGAUAUUUUACAUGUGUUAGUUGUAUUGUACUUAUGAUUGUAACACAGAUAAUAACGAUUUAUAACAGCUGGGACGAUUUAGAUUUCGUUUUGGAAAUAAGGUUUGAAGUGAUGAAAAAUUAAGUGAUUAAAGUUUAAUACAAAUUGUAAAUUUUCAUUGUUUGCAGUUCAAGUAUGCUUACAAUGACACUUGCUGUACUAAAGUCAGGAGUUUGGAUGUUUAAUAGAAAAGAUUUGGAGUGUUUUAUAAAUUUUAUGUUAACAGGUUAUUGGAAAAUAGUUAAUGCUGAUGUUUUCGUGUACUUAGAAGAAUAUGCAAUAUAUGCUAAAAACGUCUCAAGGGGCUAUUUCAUUUCCAUGUGUAAUGCACUACUGUUUUAUAGCAGUUUACCUAUCAUUGAAAUACUCAUCAGUAAGAGUCAAGUUUCAAAUAAUAAUUCCACUAUAAAGAAGUUUCCAUUUACUGGAACAUCCCCUGCAGCUUUUCAUAAAUUCCCUUUCUAUGAGAUGAUGUAUAUAUUCCAAAUGUUAGCAACAAAUAUUUGUAGCUUGAUCAUGCUUGCAACUGAUGGUAUAAUAGCCAUUGCUUUGCUCCAUACAUGUGGCCACUUUGCAGUACUUAAACAAAAAUUAAAAAACCUUGAUUCAUGUAUUUAUUGUAUAACGAAUUCAGAAAAGAACUCAACCAACAUAAAAACAGAUUUGUAUGACAUAAAAAUUCAAUUAAUGCAUACAAUUCAACAUCAUCAAAUCAUUCUUUGGUUCUGUGAUAACAUGGAAAAAAAUUUUCAUCUAAUGCUGUUUUUGCAAAGCAUGACUAGCAGUAUCUUAAUUUGUUUUGUUGGAUUUCAGGUUUCUACAGCAUUAUCGGAAAUCUCUAAAUUAUUUAAAUCCUUUGCUCAUUUACUAGUGGCACUUUUCCAGUUAUUACUUUUCUGUUUUCCUGGAGAUAUUUUAAUACGGCAGAGUUGUGAUAUAAGUACAGCUGUAUUUUCUAUCAAAUGGUACAAAUUGCCAAGUUUGAUAAAAGAUGAAGUCUACAUGAUCAUAUUACGUUCUCAAAAGCCGUGUUCUAUUACUGCUGGAAAACUAUAUGUGAUGCACUUAGAAAAUUUUGCCGCUAUACUCAGUACUGCAUUUUCGUACUUUAUGAUGCUUCAAAGCUUCAAUGUAGAAGCUUAAAAUGCACAAGUGGAUUUAAAACUGAAAUUUACAAUUGAUAAUGAUAUAUGAGGCAUUGUACGAAAUACAACAUUUGCUACAUGUAUCCGCCCCAUCCGAAAUACAUUUGACAAAGAUUA